AUGGAAACCCUGGCCUCGCUCUGGGCCUGUGACCCGGGUGACCCGGACGGGGGGCGACACGAGCCGUGGGCGGCGUGGGAGUUUCCGCCUGUCCCCGCUCCUCCUCCUCCUCCUGCUCCGCCUCUGAUGUGGAUGGAGCAGCUCUCCCCUCACCUCCAGAGAAACAAACAGCUCCAGGACACUCUGCUGCAGAGGGAGGAGGAGCUGGCUCGACUGCAGGAGGAGAACAACAAACUCCGCCACUUCCUCAGCUCCUCCUUCGUCAGGGACCUGGAGCAGAAAGCCAAGAAAGUCACUUCUGACAGGAGGAAGCUGAAGAGGAAGCUGACGGACCUCCAGGAAAGAUCCCUUAAAAACUGCCGCCCCCUGCAGGUCAGCAAAAGAGUCUGUAGGAACCUCACUGCCCAGUUCAACUGUAGCUCCUCUGAGUCGUCUGCCUACUCUGAGCCAAACCUGGACCUGUGGGUCCUCCGGACCCUGGGUCUGAAGGACCGAGACACCAUCGACACAUCCAGCCAGUCCUCAGCCGAGAACAACCUCCGAGCUUUGGUUUACAACACCGUCACCCCGUCCUCGCCUCCAGGAUACCCCCUCAGUCCAGGAAGUCCUCUGCCCACGGCGACGGCCGCCGAGUGA